AUUCUACUUUCUGCUUAAUUAUGGUCUUCUCCAAUUCUGAAAUUGUUCUCACUGAGAUUCAGAUGUUGUAAAAGCACAGGUGUCCCAUGCCUGCUACAGUUACAUAUAACUCUCUGUAAUAAUUUGUGCAUUUGUGUGAUGUUAGCAUGUGGUUCCCAUGGAAAAAUCAAAUAACACGCCCUUUUAAUUACAACCAGAACUCAAUACCUCCCUUUGAAAACUAAACACAUAAAGUAUUAUCUGCCUGAGACAGAAAUCUUUAUGCCAUUGAAAAUUGGAUUGAGAAAGUAAAAUUCUCAAUCAGGUCGCAUGGUGGCGCUGCAGGAUAAGGAGAAUAACUGAUUCUCCUUUUGAUUCUCUGAUUUGAUGACUGCAAAAAAGAAAUCCUGCAUCCUCCAUUACUCUGUCUCAGACUGGCACCAACUGGCCAAAGAAAGCAAGCUUUGUUAGCAGGAGCUGGUGGAGAGCAGGGCCCCCAGGAGGAGUUAUUUAUCCACAGUCUAUCGUAGUGUCCAGAGGUGUGGAUUGAGAGAAACCAACAAUAUUUUUAAAGGGGUCAGCAUGGAAGCAGACAAGAACACAAUUCGGGGACAAAGGCAAGUUCUGCUUUUCUUUGUUUUGCUGUGCAUGUCUAAGGCGGGUUCGGAGCCUGGGAGGUUUUCUGUGGCAGAAGAAAUGGAAAGUGGCUCUUUCGCAGGCAAUGUGGUUAAAGCCCUGGGAUUAGAAAUGGGGGAGCUAUCUAAUAGGAGCGCCCGGGUCUCUUUUAAAGGAGACAAACAGUAUUUGCAGCUCAAUCGUGAAACCUGGGAUCUACUCAUAAAAGAGAAACUGGAUCGGGAGGAAUUGUGUGGGCCUACCGAUUCCUGCAUAUUACCUUUCCAGAUAUUACUAGAAAACCCAUUUCAAAUUUUUCUGGCUGAGCUGUUAGUACUAGACAUAAAUGACCAUUCGCCUAUGUUCCUGGACAAGGAGAUGCUCCUGAAAAUCCUUGAGAGCAGUCCUCCUGGAAAGAUAAUCCGUUUAGAUGGUGCACAGGAUUUGGACGCUGGGAUCAACAGUCUCCAAAACUACACUAUCAGCCCUAAUUCCCAUUUCCAAGUUCAAAUACGUGCACGCAAUGACGGCAGGAAGUACCCAGAGCUGGUGUUGAGCAAAGCUCUCGAUCGAGAGGAACUGCCUGAGAUCCGAUUAACUCUCACUGCCUUGGAUGGUGGGUCCCCGCCCAGGUCUGGGACUGCCCAAAUUCGAGUACUCAUAGUGGAUGUCAACGAUAACACCCCUGAGUUUGAGCGACAGAACUAUGAUGUGAGGAUUCCUGAAAAUAGCCCCCCAGGCUCUCUGGUUGUGGUGGUGCAUGCUACAGAUUUAGAUACAGGAAAUAAUGGAGAAGUAUUUUACACAUUUUCCUAUGCCUCUGAAGACAUUCGCAAAACUUUUAAAAUAGAUCGAUCUUCAGGCAAAAUUUCACUAAAAAAAACAGUGGAUUUCGAAGCAACUCAAUAUUAUGAAAUCGAUAUUGAAGCCACAGACGGUGGAGGCCUUUCUGGAAAAUGCACAGUCCUAAUCCAUGUGAUAGAUCUGAAUGACAAUCUGCCCAAACUGACCAUGUCCUCACUUACCAAUCCCAUUCCAGAGAAUUCACCUGAGACUGUGGUAGCUAUUUUCAGGGUUUCAGAUCUGGACUCUGGAGAAAAUGGAAGGGUGGUUUGCUCCAUUCAGGAUGAUCUUCCCUUUGUCCUGAAACCUUCUGUUGAGAACUUCUAUACAUUGGUAACAGAGGGAGCACUGGACAGAGAGAGCAGAGCUGAGUACAACAUCACUAUUACAGUCACAGAUUUGGGAUCUCCCAGGCUCAAAUCUGAGCACAAUAUCACUGUGCUCAUCUCUGAUGUCAAUGACAAUCCCCCAGUGUUUUCUCAGAGAGCCUACAAAUUAUACCUCCGGGAGAACAACAGCCCUGCCCUCCACAUUGGCAGUGUCAGUGCCAGUGACAGGGACUCAGGAAUCAAUGCCAAAGUCACCUACUCCCUGCUACCUCCAGAGACUGGAGAACUGCCCCUCUUCUCCUACAUCUCCAUCAACUCAGACAAUGGCCAUCUCUAUGCUCUGAGAUCCCUGGAUUAUGAAGCCAUCCAAGCUUUCCAUUUCAAUGUGAGGGCAGCUGAUGGUGGUUCCCCAUCUCUGAGCAGCCAGGUUCUGGUUCAGGUUUUGGUAGAAGAUGAGAAUGACAACUCUCCCUUUGUGCUGUACCCUCCUCAGAAUGGCACAGCUCCUUGCCAUGACCUGGUGCCCAGAGCUGCAGAGCCAGGUUAUCUGGUGACCAAGGUGGUGGCUGUAGAUAGGGACUGGGGACAGAAUUCCUGGCUUUCCUACCAGCUGUUCAAGGCCACAGACCCAGGACUCUUCACUUUGUGGGCCCACAAUGGGGAAGUUCGAACAGCAAGACCCAUCAGUGACAGAGAUGCCAUCAAGCAGAAGCUCUUGGUGCUGGUGAAAGACAAUGGACAGCCUCCUCUGUCCACAGCAGCCACACUGAAUGUGCUCCUGGUGGAUGGCUUUUCUGAGCCCUACAUUCAGCUCCCAGAUGCAACCAAGGAGGAGGUGCAGACUGCCUCUCUUACCACCUACCUAGUCAUUUCCUUGGCCUCUGUCUCCUGUCUUUUCUUGUUCUCUGUUAUUAUGUUCAUUGCCAUUCACCUGUGGAAGAGGAAUACGGAUGCUAGAGAUGGUAAUCAAUUUGAUCAAAAUGGUCCUUUCCCAGGCUACUUGGUGAAUGGGACAGGGACCUUGUCCCAGAAUUACCAUUAUGAGGUGUGUCUGACCAGUGGCUCAGGGACCAGUGAAUUCAAAUUCCUGAAGCCCAUUAUCCCCAGGAUCCCUGCUCAGGAUAAUAGGAGGGAUUUGGAAGAAAACCCAUCCUUCAGGAAUAGCUGUGACUUCAAUUAGGGAUAGAAAUAUUUUACAAUGCAUUGCCAUUAUGUUUUGCCAUUAUUUUUAUCCUUUUAUUUUCUAUCUUACUGUGACAGAGAAGAAUUUAUUUUAAAAACAUAGGUAAUAUAAUUUUUCAUGUUCUUUCCCCUGCUACUGUUUCUCUGAUUUUUUUUUGUUUUCUUUCUGUAUUUGAAUUUUGUCCAGGUUAUGCUAGUCCCAAAUCUAUUUCUAGGAAUGAACGAGAUACUUUAUUUUUCAUCCUCACUUCAAACUUGGAUUUUAACAUUUUUGAUGCAAUUAAAUUCACAGACUUCAUUUAGGAUACUAAAACUUUUUCUCUGCCAUAGACUACAUUAACUCUCUUAAUCUGUAUUCCUUGUUAGAAUACGUUUUCUAAGACUGCAUUAGUCCCUUUUUUAUCUUUAAUCUAACUAGUGAUUUAUUGAUAGCAUACAAACUUUGGGUGGAACACUCACAAAAAGAUAAUGAGGAAACAUGUGCUUCUGCUUCACUGCUACUAUUAGAUCUCAGCCUUUGGUUCUGAGAGAUGAAACUACUUCUAUAUAACCAUAGCCCAUGCGAUCAGUUCUUUUACAAUUAACCAUUGGAUCUAUUGUGCUAUUAUUAUCCACAUUUUAGAGAUGAGGAAAUUGAGGCAGUGUUUAAGUGACUGACACACGAUCAUGCAUCUAGUUGGUGUUUAAAGCCAGAUUUGAACUCAAAUCUGUCUUGUCUCCAGGUACAGCACUCUAUAAACUGUAUCAUUUUCCUUUAUGGAGGCAAUUAACAAAAAUCACUCUACAUGGCAAGUUAUUCCAAAGAGCUAAUGUGUCAAGUUUUGCAGAAAUUCAAUACUUCUCCGAGAAGAGAGCACACCCAUUUGAUCUCCAGUUGCUUCAGUAGCAUUGUAAAUUAAUGACAAAAACUAAUAUCCUUUACUGUAAGACCAACAUGACCCAGAAAUAUGUGGGACUUAGAUUGUAAAGUAGAAUUCUACCUGUAAAGUAGAAUUUAGUAUGAUGAAUUGAUUUUUUUAAUAAUAUUUUUUCCUCAUGACUUUUCAUGGCCCUCUGAAUAGUAAAGGAUAGAAGAAUUGAAUAGAUUGUGUCAAAUUUGCCAUAACCAAAGCAAAUAUUCAAAUAAAAAUAAAUCUUAAGACUG